CUUAGUUACAUUUUGGUAGUACUGGGAUUUGCUUUCCGUAAUUUGAAAGGAAAUAACGAAAAUUAUUCUUAUUGCCGUUUUUGAUAAAUUGCAAGUAAUACGAGUAUAGGUCUUGAAAAAUAAUGAAUCCCACUUUUAAGUAUCAGCAAGGAAACUUCCGUAUGGUGUCGAAUAAUUAUUAUUCACCAGGAAUGAUGCCUCCACCUCGGCCAAACGCUCACUAUUACACUAUGUACAAUCAUCACCAGUACUUAGAACAGCCUAGGGGCAGUUUUAUGCCCCCAGUAUUGGCGACAAACCUAGUUUCGAACUCCAGGAAUAUGCAAAGGCAUUUCCCAGUUGAACGCAACAGGUUUCCAAACGUCGGACCGCAACCGAUGCAGGGAUGCAGUAACACAAACAUUGUUAAAAAUGCAACCGUUACACCUGAAAGAAGUAUCGUCCAACUUCAACAACCUAUGCAGGUAGAAGAAAGUGUAAGAGAAAACUCCAUUGUAAAAAACCAGCAUCGUCCUCCUAAUGAUGCAGUAAUGGACGAUAAUCAAACGACAAAUACUAAAACCGAUGGACAUAAGACUCAGACCACGACAAACUUCGAUUUUAAAGUAUAUGGUACCUCUGAUCGAGAAAGGACAUUCAUGCUUACCGGGACAGUAGAUCGUAUCAUAAAGUGGGGCAAAAUAUUUCAAAACCAACAUUGUUGCUCUGAAGUAAUAGCUCCUGUUGUUUCUAUCCAAGAAGGCACUGUUAGCACUCAGAAGGUGAUGUUGCUUCGUGACAAAGGUCCUAUACUCCGUGUAGUUUAUUAUGAGACCACCCCCAUCAAUAUCGAGGAUUUCUGUAUCGGACAAAUGUUAACAUGUACCGGUAGAAUGACUGGCCCCAACACUUUAACUGCAUUUUGCAUACGUUCCUCCAGUCGAGAAGAAGUAGACAGUUUGCCCCGAUUGACACAAAUUAGUGAACAAGCGGUUGAAUGUCACUUAACAUCUUAAAUUUUAGAACCGGCAUAUUCUGUUCUUUAUGACGAUUGUUCAAAUUUGUGUUUAUUGCUUGCAUAGCGUGAAUUUAUCAUAAGUUUAAAUACGUUCCUGUUCUAGAGUUCUCCAUUAACAUUUUGAGGUUUUAUAGUAGAACCUAUUUUUCUGUUAUUUCGGGUAAGAACGAACAGUUGUAUACAACAGGGUAAUUCACAAGUCGUGACCAAAAAUGAAACAUACACAUGACCGCGUUUUAAGGGGGGGUUUUCUAUGUAACAUUUUUUCCUCUAAUGCUUCAUUAAAAAGAUACCGGGUUUUGAAGUUUAAAAAUAAAAAACAUUUUUUUAAUAUCCUCAUAACCGUCAACUGUAAUAAACUAAAAUUUGAUAUGUGGAUUUACCUAAGUAUUGUCCACCAUUCAGAAGUCUUUACUUAAAUUUGACGUACACCAAUGGCGGAGAUACAUAGGAUAAAUAAAAAUAGUACCCCACUGUUUUUUACGAAAACAGUGCACUCUAGAAAAAACACAACAGUAAUUAUUUGUAGAAAAUUGAAAGUGUAAUUCGAAAAAUCGCGCGUUUAAAAAAACAGUGGCGUACUAUUUUUAUUUGGAAAAAUAAUGCCACUAAUCCCCUGUAUCUCCGCCACUGGUGCACGAUAAUUUUAAGUAAAGGCUUUUGAAAGUGAACAGUACUUAGAUAAAUCCACAUACCAAAGUUUAGUUUAUUCCAGUUGACGGUUUUGAACAUAUUACACAAAAAUGUUUUUUAUUUUUCAACUUCAACUCCCGUAUAUUAUUAAUGAAGCACUCGAGAAAAAAAAUGCUACAUAGAAGACCCCCCUUAAAACGCGGUCAUGUGUAUGAUGUUCCAUUUUUGGUCAUAACUUGUGAAUCACCAUGUAUAACGUCAAUUUGUUUAAUUUUAACCUUUCGCCAUUCUCCAAUAAUUUGUCAUAAGUGUAAUUACGUAAGCGUUGUUUUUUCUUCGAAUUGUUUCAUUAAAUAUUAUUGGCAUUUUGUUCAGGUGAUAUUUUAUAUGCC